AUGACGGAAUCCACAAGCAUAGAACGUUUGGAUUUCCUGUUAGAGAUGGCUCUGACCAUUCAUGAGGGCAUUGCCGAGCAUAUUGAGGGCAACGAUGAGCUUGAUAACCAGCUCAUUACCCGUCUCAAAGAGGCAGACCACUUCAUCGUCGUAAAGAAAGCAUUACAAGGUCAUCUCGUCGACCACGCUAGCAAUACCGACAGCGACAACGAACUCGCUCCGGCUGACACCACCCCGCCGAGCAGCCACUAUUCACAUUCAACCGCGACGCCCAGCCCCCAAACCCCUCCUUCCCCUUCGCUUUUCUUCUCUUCGCCUGAACCGCAGGGUACUCCAACUUCAGCGCCUGCACGAAAGGCCACGCGUCGGAUCCCAGGAGAAAACCGAGGCUCCAAGGCUCUGCGUAAGAUGCGACGUUUAGUCCCCUAUGCAAGCUGGGUUGACAAGCCCAAAUCAUUCAAAUGA